AUGUCUGCAGUAGCCUUUUCCGCGCCUCGGCACGGGAUUCCACGACUCCCAGGAGGCACUAGCAGGCGGCCCGUGCCCGAAAGCCCCCCAUCCUCCCCACGGGUCUGCCCUGCUCUCAGACGGCCCGGGGGCCGUGGCCUCUUCAGGGGUGACGGUCCCACAUGUAACAAUCCAGCCAAGGCAACAAUUGUCCUCAGCCAGCGGCACAGGACCUUCAGGGGCUGGGGGCUCGGAGCCCCCCAGCGCUCCCUUCCUGGGCGUCCGCCGAGGGCAGGUGUCGAGCAGCUGGCCGGGCUCCCAUCGCCCGCUGGACACGACGCGGGAAGGCCGGCCCGCUCUGGGCGCCCAGCCCCCGGGACGCUUCUCCGCGUCCUGAGUCUGCGCCAUCAGCUGCCCGCAGACCCGAGACCCGGGCCGGCGGGAACGUCCACGCUGUCCACGCGCCAUCUGUCCCCGUGCUUCCUCCGAGUUCGAGCGACGGACGCGGGGAUCAAGCGCCAGGGGGCACCGCUGGGCUGCACGUGGGCGCCAUCGUCUGGACCCGUCCGAUACCCGUCUCGGUAUCGGAGACUGACCCUGGGCCCUGCCGCGACACCACCCCGCAAAGAUACCAACCGGCCGCUCGGCGGCCCUUGUCCCGUGGAACCGUUUCCGGGCUGGGAAGGCCGGCUCUCCACCUGGGGCCUGGCGUGCGCUCCGGGCGCGGGCUUGCUCUUCCUGCUUUUCCAGCACCGCACCCGGGAUCCCCGAACGACGGGCCCCUAUAGAUGCGGCGCAGACACGGCGUUUUGUGAAUGCGGAGCCGCUCCUCUGCUCGCGGUCUCCUCCCAGAGCCAGCCACAGACGUUCUGGUGCCCAGAGGACGCGUGUCACCGAGGUCACGCUAGGAAGAACCCUCAUGAGUUUCGGACGGUCCUGCCUGGUCGCUCUCGCCGGACUGUGCCAGGAGACCCCCAGGCGCGAAAGGCUGACUCUGGCGGCGGCCGAGCCUGAGGAGUCUGGUGUCUGGGAUGCCAGGGACUGGGACACGCCCGCAUGUGCACCUGCUGUGCUCGAGUGCCCGGCUGUAGCUGUGAACGGGGCACGAGGCCCCGCGACACCAAGGGAGCAGGCGGGGGAAACGGCUUCUGCACGAAGCCACCUCAGCGAACGGAGCAAACCGACAAAAUCCGCCCGCCCGCACAUGGAUGUCACAAGCAGGCUCGUCGUCGGUCGUUACCUGGACUGAGAGAAAGUUUGAAAGCCCUGCCCGAGAAGAAGCAUUUUCAGAAUGAUGCUCCUCCACAAAAGCAAGGGGGCCACUCACGAAAAUCAUCAACAUCAGCUUUUUAAAGUUCUAGAAAUUCCCCCUAAGGCCUCGGCAAUUGGGAGCGCGUUUGUUCAUAUACCGGUUGAAUCCGGAUGAGAAUAGGGCGUCUGUGGCCUUUUCGCUCACCAUCCACCCCCCCCCCCCGGGCACUGUUACAGUCUGAACACCAGCACGUGGGCUGUGAGAGACCAGCCUACAGACCAGGGGGACGUGUGAGUGCGUUCCCGAGGAGCCAAAGGCCACGUGUGUGUGCAGGGACUUGUGCCCAGCAAGGACCUGGGUGGGCGGGGGGUGGGGGGCGAAUCUCUCACCUCCGGCUGACCUUGAGACUCGGCACGAGCAGGAACUGAAGGUGAACUCAGAACCACCCUGCUGGGGCACUGAUGUCCUUCUCAGUAAAGUCCGGAGCGCUUAUUGGCUCAAGGUAUUUAAGGACAUCUUCUCCCAAACAUAAGCUGACCUGCUCAGCAACCAAGCAGAAGUUUCUGUGGCCACCAUGACAAGGACAAUUGACUUCUAAUUUAUAGAAUGAGUUCAGGAAAGUCACUAAAUAAAGA